AUGUUUGUAGAAAAGGUGGGAAGGGGAGUGAAAAAUUGUCAUCUCAUUGUACUAUGCAGCGAUAGUCCUAUCUUUGAUCUACGCACGCUGCGUACCAUCAUUUCUCAUGCUGUUGCACUCGCAUCGCCUUUGCCUCCUCCUCUUCAUUCAGAUGGUGCAUCCGUGACGUUGUUGCCAUCGACUGCGGCGGAGGACUAUGACGCGGAGAGCUGUCUCUCAAAUGCCGUGUUCUCGGCAAUACAGGGAAGCACCCGUCGGCAUUCCUUUUCCAGUACGUGCAAUGGCACCAUUACGCCGUUGAACACUGCCACGGGCGGAAAAGGCGGUAAAGCAACAAAGGGUGCCAAGAAAUCUGCAGCCGUGGCGGCAUCAACGAGUCGGGUGGCCACUCCCACAGAAGGAAAGAGCAUUGGGACAAAUGUUACCGGCCGGCCGCGUGCGGAGUGGUACAGUGUUGUGGAGAGUCGUCAGUGGGGAGUUCCAGUUGUGUUUAUCCACCAACUGCCAGAAUUGGACCGAUCUGAGGGGGAAGGUGGUGCACUGACACCGGCGGGCCAGGGAGCCGGCACCUCUGAUUUCUGCACGCUGUUGCAUAGGGCUUUGCAAAUCAUUGCCGAGGACAUGAAUGCCGCUGUGAGCCUUCAUGAAGACGCCCCAGCGGGGUUGUUAUCACUGGACGACACCAAUCUGAGUGAGAUGCAGCACGAGGCAUUAUCCGGAGAGCAGCCUCAUGUGCACGCGAAGGAAAUUCCUGUUGUAAUGGCGUUGCAGGAUCCCCGAGUAUUACCAGGGUUGCUAAAUUGCAGAACAGCGUUGACCCAUCCUAUUGAUACACGUCUCAUAGUGAAUUUUGUUGAUGGAAGACUCAAUGAAUUAUUGGGGACGUCUAAUCACGGUAGCUCAAGCACUCGUUCCCGCACAAGUGCAGCUGGUAGACGCCAAAACCCCCGUGAUAUUUCUUCGUCCACGCUCCAAAAAAAUAGCAAAGAUGCGGAUGGGACCUGUGCUCCCAGUGAUUCUAACAACACACUCGAUGCAUGGAUUGAACGGCAACAACGGGAGGGCAUGAUAACAGUAACGACAUCUCCCACAGGGGCCCCCAAUGCAUGUGGUGCGAUUUGUCUCCGUGAGAUAUUUGAAGAGGGCGGGGAGGAUAAACGUGUGUGGGUACAACACUGCGUACAAAAGGUGUUGCCAGCGAUGCAUCACGUUAUACGCGAUAUCACACGGUACGGUGAGUGGGUUUCUUCCAAGACGGUGUAUUCUAUUCCCAUCACCUUGACCACACCACGGCCACUUAUGCAGCCACAAACGAAAGAGGAAGGAUUCCCCACCAUGAGCGAGUCUGCCGUGGAAUCAUCAGCGAUGCUGCGAUUAAGAAAAUCACAAACAACGGCUCCACCAUCUUCUUUUUCUCCCACGACGUCGACGAGGACGGGAGGUGUCGAUGAGGACACUUUUCAGUUUCCUCCGCUAAGCGGAGAUUUCUCGCUCUCUUUUUCUGCCACAAAACGGCUUUUAGAUGGCGAAGAGGAAAAGUGGUCAUAUUACGUUCGAGAGAGAAAAGUUCGUGGGCAAUGGACCUGCAUUUCUGCUGCCCGCGCCCUCGCUACGCAGGUGACCGUUUCAUUGGCAAGACAGCAACGGCCUAGGGUGGUCUGUCCUGCGCGGGAUGAGGAAAACUGCCCGUUACUGGAUGUAAUGAAUGAACGUAAUGAGACUUGUGCAGCGGACAAAAUGAAAGAGAAUGCUGUUGCCUCUCUGUUGUUACAGCUCCGUCAAUACGCCUCACGCCGCACGGUGUUGUCGACGUUGGAUACGGAUAUUUCUACUGAUAUGGCUGCUGGAAAAGGUAGGGAACCGAGUGUCGUUGCAGAAACUCCAGGCGGUUCGCAACUACUGGAGAAUUCCACAGCUGGUGAGAAGAGCCAGAGUCAGUUUAACGCAAUGGCAACGCUGCCCAUGGAUCACACAAUGGACCGCCCAACACACCCACCGAGUCCGGAGGAGAUCCGAUGGGUAACGCGACAAUUCAUUAAAAAGGGAAUUGGCGCCUUUCUCUUUCCGCCCGAAGAAUCUUUGAGGGACGAUCCCCCAUCCAUGCUUUCCCCUGAUCAAUUAAAAUCUGCGAUAAAAAUGCAGGAAUUACUUGAGGAGACCUUGAAUGGACAUACAUUGAACGAUGGUGAAGAUGCGAUGGACAGUCAAUUAUUACACCUUAUUGAAGAGGACUUUAAACGCGCCGAGAAGGAAGUUUCAUGUGAAUGGUCUCACGUGUGGGAUAAUAUUGCUUUCCCUGUGGGUCUCAUGAACUUCGAUGAGAAGUUAAGACGUUCUCUUGAGCGUAGUUUGACAACACGGGAGCGAACGCACAUUUUACAGCAGGUUUAUCUUUUGCAGUUAGCUAUGCAGUCGUGUAUGACAGGUACAGCUGCCCCUACCAAUACUGUUGUUCUGCCAAAUCACGGUAAUUGUAAUUUAUUGACGCACUCAAGCAUACCGAAGGAUGAGGCGGUUGGUUUUAACUUGCGGUCUGUAGAGGAAUGUAUGACGAUGGCAGUGGCGAUACGUCGUUUGUAUGAGUUUCAAUCUCGUUUCGGUUUCCAUAUUUGUCGUUUGAUACGUUGUUUCAUACCAGACACGUUGGAAACGUUGGGUGGGAAUGUGACCGCCAUGUAUUCCAGACAUGCGGAGAAUGUGCAUCCAACGAAUCGGGUGCGGGCGAUGAUGUUGGGAGGUGUGCCCAUCCCACGCAAGCGGCAACUGCGGCAAGUGUGGUGCUACUACGUUAGUGGUAUUCCAUCCGUUGAUGUGUUGAAUGAACUCCAUGAAUCCCAACGGGUGACGACAUCCUCCUAUCCAGAGAGUUCGUCUGCUGCCCCUGUUGGUAUCACCACAAGGAACACGACGUCGACCUCCUUUGGGGGCGUCAUUGGGGAUUUACUCCGUCAAAAGCUCCUUCAGAACCUGCAGGAAUCAACGCAGUUGUUAUCUUUGCCUGCAGAAAAUAAAGUAAAAGUGAAAGGUGUAUGUUGCUCUGAAGGGGAAUUGCACACAGCACUGGAGGGACGUCAUAUCUUGUAUCCCUGUGAAAACAGUAUUGUUGAGGUUGUCACAACCGAUCGAAGUCGCAUCUGCCGCUACGUGAAGAGCAGUGAGUUGACAUGUACGCUACAGUAUUGCAUCCCGCCAUCACCACAACUAAACACGAAUACUGGCGGCGCCGAUCCUGCCACGGCAUUCCCUUCUUCUUUGCCUUCGACGCUACGCAAACGGCCACGUGAUGCAAGUGCCCACUUCACGACCACGUUUGAUGACGGUGUGGUCUUCACCUGCACCCCGCAGUGGACAACACGUGCGGAACACGAGGGUCCCGGCGGUGCAGGUGAAGGGGAAAAUAUCGCAAACGCCAGUUCGGCCUCUUUGAAAAGUGGAGUCUCACGACGCAGUAAAGCAAUGAGCAAAGCCGGUAGAAGAAGUGUGAACGUCUCCGUGGUGUUGGCAGGCGGUGGCCAACCGAGCGGAAGACGAGGACCCCUCUUGGGGAGGCAAAGACGACGUAGUCGUGAAGAUGGUGAGGCGUUUGCCGCGGCGUCCGAGAGAUCCGCUCGUACGGACCAUUUACCCCGCAUUUUUCCCGUUGCUCAGGAUGGAUCUGUUUGCUUGUGGACGGCGGGCCCUGAGAACAUCCCGGGCAAUGAAGCGGCGAAUGGGAGUGUAUCCGCAACGCCGAAGGCAGAGUUUGGCACGAUCCCCAAUUUGGCGAUUACUGUGGCGGCAAAUGGUGUGACGGUGCACUGCGAGGAGCAGGAAGGGAUUUUGUGGUUUACGCAGCAUGAGUCCAGCAAUUCUCUGGUGCCGGAACUGCUACGCUGUAUGCACGUGUAUGAUGCGAAUGCGACAUGGCAUGAGACGAUGGAAGUGGAGGUGCGUCGUGCCGUUUUGGAAGAAUUGGGGGCAGUUUGCCGCUACUUCCACUCUGGUGUCACGCAGAUGAUUUACCCAGAUGGUGCGGUUGUCACGCGGUACCCCAUGCCAACUAGCAAUUUGGGUGGCGCUCAAGACUUCUGCGAGACACUCGUUACGGCAACAGGAGCCUGCUACGUGCGUCAAUUCCGUGGGGGAUUUUUCGAUCCGUUUCUAAAUGCCAAAAGAAACAACCUAAAGAUGCAUGUGGCGUAUGACCGUGGCAAUCACUGCCGAGUUGUAUCUCGAGCAGAUGGCGUCAUUAUAGCGUUUUAUUAUUUUCACCGCAACUCUCACGAGUCAAGAAAAAGUCAAGGAGGAGGCGGUAGAAAUAUGAACCGUGAAAAUGGCACGAAGGAACAUCAUUCUGAAGAGGAAGUUGAUGCUUAUGAUAAUUAUGAUAGUGAUGCGUGUGUGUGGGGUAACUUCAAACAUCCUGCAUUUGAUACAAACGUCAUUGCCCGCGUUACUUUACAUGCGGAUAGCACGUGUAUCACGACCUUUUCAAGUCGAGCGACGCAAGAGACAUGGGAAAACCCGCCAAGACCUUUGAAAACCUUGUUGGAGCAUGUAAGUUUAGUUGGCAGGGCAUGUAGUGGCACUGUACAGUAUUGUGUUGAGGCUCCAUCGUUGCCUCGUGUAUUUGUGUGCGUCCCAAUGUACAGUGAUAAUUGGAGCUUCUCGGAGGAACAGCAAGGUGUAUCGAUUCCGGGCACAUUUGACGCGGAUUCAUCGCUUGGGGCUCCCAAUAACUCGUUUUUGAGUAAAUGCAGCAGUGCGAGGGCAGCCGAUGUUCACCCCUCAUCUCUUCUGGCGAGUCCCGUGCCUUUACCUGCCUCUGGUGUAAAGGAACGUUUUUCUCCCGUCUCCCCACGAUGUAAGCCGUAUGACAGUUUUUACAUUGUGUUUGGUGAUGGCUCCGUGCUGCGGCGACGCGUCUUGUACCGCGGGGUGCGUGGGACCGUUACUUCAUUUUUAGAAACGCUCUUUGCGCGUUCCACCUCAACAUCCAUCCGUGUGAUUCAUGAGUCUGGACUGGCCAUUGUGGAACCGUUUGAGGCGCUGCGCCACAACAUGGAGGCAGUGGCAUCCCUUGCGAUUGGUGAGGGUUUGGCAAUGUUCGACAUUGCGUUGGGCGGGUUGCGGCUGGUCGACCAUCAACAUCACCUGACGGAGGUACAUGGUCUGUACUCACCGGGUCCGGUGAGUGCGGGGAUUAAAUCCACCACGCUUGAAUUUCUCCUACGUCAGCUCGUGUUACCUACAUACACACCCCAUACUGUCACCAAGACACGACAGGAGGAGAUGCGGCAAGAUGAAAAGGUGGCAGAUGCAGAGAGCCGGGCGAAUCGUGCCAAGGGUAUAUGUCCCCCGUUGGCAACUCGUCUGCGAGAACUUGCCGAGGGUUUUGUCAUUGAGCACAAUCUUCUUCGCACCGAUAUUCUUAACACGGCCACGCGCCAAUGGGAAGGCGGCAAUUUGGAGACAAUCAAUAAAAAAUCUAUGCAGGACGUCACGUCGGGAGCAUCGUGGGGCAAACUUACGACGCAAGUGGGAAAGUGCGGCUCCGCGGCGCUAAAGGCCCUUGAGUCGCCUGCCGUGCCUGCGACAAUUACUCGAACCGUUGGUGUGUUGCCUAUUUUAUUUUCCGAGUUCGAGAACGAUGUUGUGGUGCAGUACAUUCAUCAGCAUGAUGUGGAGAACUACAUGCAUGCGAAGGAGUCAGAGCCCAUCCCUGUCUUUCUGUCGCACAGCACCGCAGCGGGGGAACCCGGAGUGCAGCAGUUGACGUUCUUUCGUGCAGAGGCGAAUUCAGGAACCGCAGAUGCGCCAAUCGCAAGAGAACCCACAUCGCGAUUUUUUCUAAUGAGCCGUUCAUUUUCGGGUCAGUUGUGCAGCUCCAGCGGUUUACCGAUCGGGCAAGGCGGUGCGGUAGGGACGGGAUCUCUUUUGAGUGAGGCCGUGCAGCGGCAGGAGAAACUUUCCUUCUUUUUAGGGAGACGACUGGUGUUUCCAACGACGCAGUGGCUUCCACCAGCGAUGCAGCCACCCCGCCGUUUUUUGAAGCCACUCUUCGAUCCCGAGGUGAAUGACAAGCGUGCCGGCAUUACAGUUCUGGCGGGCGAAAGCGUUGGCAACAAUGGUGGGAUUGACGGUUCACCCUCCUCGUACGAGAAGUUGCGUAUUCUUUUUAAGUUCUCCGACGUCGCGCCGAAGACUCAACGGGCUGUGUUGGCAAGUGAAAUUCUGCGGCAUGAGCAGCUGUCCUCCAUGGUGACGCACCAAAAGGCUAUAAAUGCAUUGGCACCGAAGAUUCCAUACGAGGCCAACAAUGAACAGCGGCGUCUUCGUGAAAAAUACCUCGCAGCAGCCACGUGA